AUGAUGGAGCAGCGGCAGCAACACCAUCGUCCGCCAGCCUACUCGCAUGACCCUAGUACAAUAUUUCUACCUCCAGUACCAACUUCAGAACCUCCGGUGGAUCGUCCAUCAUCCAACCUACAUCUCCCGAAAUUAGACUCAUUACACUUACCUCCUCGGUCAAAUGGCGACACCUGGCUGGGACGAGACACCUUUAGCCAUAUCAACUUUCCGACUGUUCCCACGGGUACGAUUGGGGGAUCAAUGGCUAUGGAUGCAUCGUUAGGCGUUGAAGAGGCGACACUAAUGUCGAGGGUGCCAAGUGCUGUCUCUAUCGACGACCCGGAUGUGCGUCUUGCGGCUGAAGCCAUGUGUGGACUCUCCAAACCACCGUCAAGAGGUAGUAAAGUACCUCCGAUAAUCACGCAAGAUAUUGGGAAGGAAUGUGACAGGGAGCCUCUUCUCAGAUUGUUGACCACGAGUCACCCUUGGCUCGGUACCACGAUAAACGGCUCGCUGACUGCAUAUGCCUUGACGAAAAAUUACUCCCCUCGCAUCGUACGCGAUAGUGCCGAGUAUAUUGAAAGAAACGUUGGUACCCCGGUUACAAACACUAUCAGUUCGAUGGGGCGCAGGACUGGUAUGGAAGUUGGCAUACGCAGAUACUUGGGGGAACACCGACGACCAAGCGACCUGGAGGCCCAAGACGAGGGUGCUGGUAAGCGAAGGCGGAUUGAGAAAGGUGAUGAUGCGGUUAUCGAACGAGGUCGUCAAUUACCCGCUAGUUCGCGGAUUCGGAACGACUCGACGAGUUCCUACACCGAGUCCCUACCAGCAUACGAUGACAAUCGCUCACCCACCUAUGAAGAGAAGGCAUCAACACAAAUCAACUCCACAAGCCCCGGACCUGAACAGAAGCUCAACUGGUCCACACAAUUAAUCAUGACUACUUCUGGGCUCGGCGCGGCUUUACACAAGGAAUCGCUCGAAAGACUCAAGUUCUGUAUGAGUCUAUUAAAACAUUUUACCGAGAAGCUUGGCGAAUCAAUGGAGUGUCUAAAGAGUCUACUGCGAGACUAUGAGGACAAUCGAAGAGCAGCACAAGAGUCAGCCGACAUUGCCACCGGUGAUGGCGCUAUACGCUUACCAGCUGAAGAAGAAGAGAGGUCACGCCAGCUUGCUGAUGAGAUGAAAAGGCUAGGAGGCAACAUUUGGAAGAUGUUACACCAUGUCAUGCAAUCCGUGAUCAAGUACACGUGGGGGGCAUUACCUGAUAAUGCCAGUCGCGUUGUUCGCGGUCAAGUCAUGUCUGCACCUGUCCGGUGGCAGAGGAUACAACAAUCUGACUCUGGGAGCACAGCAAGUACAACACCUUACGAAGCCACGACAACGCACCACAUGCUCGUGUUCGCUCAAGAAAGUCUUGAGGUGAUGGCACAAGUUGCCGCUGUGAUUGGCGGUACAAUCGAAAGCGCAGAAUCAUGGCUCAGUAGAAUGGGACGGGCACCGUUGGAAGGCAGCAGCAGCAGCCACGCACCCGUCGAAGUCAUAGAACAGAUGGAUCGAGACAGAACACCGCGAGCAGAGCAGCAGAUGCAAGUGGCAACGCCUUCGACUAUCCAAGGUGAGGAAAAGUCUGGUCCUGCAAAGCCCAUAGCGAUCGAGCAAUGA